AUGAAGGUGCACCCGAUAUUCGCGCCGGAGAAGCUCCGACUUGCUACUACUACCGAGCCCUUGAAGGGUCAACAAGAGGAUGAGAGCCCGGAGUUAGAGAUCAAUGGUCAUUCGGAGUGGGAGAUCGAGAAGGUUCUUGCAGCACGGAUUAUGUGGAGGAAGCUGCGGUAUCGUGUGAGCUGGCUAGGCCGGGACCCAGACCCGAAGUGGUAUCCCGCUGGUUACUUGAAAAAUGCGCCAUUAGCGUUGAAGGCUUUCCAUGACGACAAUCCAGAGGCACCGGGACCACCAGUUCGACUGCAGGAAUGGCUUCAAGCCGCGGAGGAAGACAGGUUCGUGGAGGACUACGCGGAUGACGAUGUUCCUGUUACGGACGCUCGCGGGCAAGCGUCUGGUGAAGGGGGGGGUAGUGUGACAGCCAGCCCUGCGGCUUGA